AUGUGGCCUAGCAUAAAGAAAUUGUUGGUGGUGUCAUUGGCUGUCUUGGUAAAGGGUAUUGGUGCUUCUCCCUUGGUUGGCCGAGCAUGUGCACCUACGUCCAACUGGCCAGCAUGGAAAGGAAUUAAACAUGCCUUUUAUUUCAGCAUCGUCGACAUCCAUCAGUCCAUUCCUGGAUAUGUAUCACCCAUCACUGUGCCGAAGCCGCCCCAGUGGACUGGGAAUAAUACGCUUUUUACUAUUUGGGUUGGCAUCAACGACAUUGGAGCCACUUACACCAAAGGCUCUGCUUCAAAUGCAGUCAUUAACCAGGAACUCGUUUCAGAAUAUACGUCGCUCGUGGAACAGCUCUAUACAGCUGGUGCGCGUGAUUUUGUCUUCAUAACUGUACCGACGAUCGACCGAUACCCGGGAACGAUUGCCCGUGGAGCAACUAUCGCUGAGCAGGAAAAGAUAGACGUCGUGCAGUGGAACCAGCUACUCAUUAAAUUGGCCAAAAGCGAGAAGGCUCUACAUACGGACACUAAUAUUUGGAUUUAUGAUGCUCAAGCGCUCUUUGCCAAAAUCUUGGAUAAUGUGGCAUCUUUUCCGCAGACUGCUGGAAUCACCAAUACCACAGGCUUCUGUGCAGCGUUGCUAAGUAAGUCAAUCUCUUUUCCUGUCGUAUUACAUCCAUUUGAUAACUUGUUACAAAGCGGGACCCCAACCGACGAUUAUUUCGAUCCGUCAUGCGGCGUUCCGGUGAAUCAAUACUUUUGGCUGAACUCAUUGCAUCCAAGAACGCCGGUGCAUGAUGUAAUUGCGCAAGUUCUUUCACGUGAGCUUCUCGCAGGACCCAACAUUUGCUGA